UUACGUUUUAAUUAGUUUGCUAAUCAUAAAUUGUCAGAUCUGAACGCACCGCCCAUUGCGAAACAAAUGUGAUCCGCGAAACACCGAAAUACAGGUAAGUGCGAUAAUUGUCGCGAACUGGGCCAAUCAAUAUUAUUCAUGUUGAGUAUAAAAGGGUGGUUACUUUUGGGAUCAACAUCAGUUGCAAGCGAGACAUCGACAAUGCAUACUAUUAUCAUCAUCAGCUCUAUCCUGGCGUGCGCGGCGGCGGCCCCGGCCUACCUGCUAGCUGAGCAGGCUCACGUCAUCCACUCCAUCCCCUCAAAGUCCACCUACACCCAAAGCAGCCAGGUCGUCGACCACGGCAGCACCCACGUCUACCACGCUCCCAUCGCCACCUACCACUCAGUCCCCGUAGUCCAUUCGAAGAGCACUAUCACUGCCGCCAACCAUGUUGUCGACCACGGAAGCACCUACAUCCAGCCAGUGCACGCCGUCAGCGUCAUGCCCGUCCACGAAGUGUACCACAUCCCCAAGACGACCGUGACCAAGAGCAACCAAGUCGUGAACCACGGCUCCACCACCUUGGUCCACGCCCCCGUGGUGUACCACUCGUCUCCGCUGGUGAGCCUGAAGACCGGAGACUCGGCGGUGACCCACCAAAGCUCCACGGUACACGAGACCGUGCCUGUUGUCAAGUCGCUCGAGUACUACUCUCUUCACCACUGAUUUGUUUUGUUGAUUUUGUUUGAUUAAAUGUUUUGUAAUAUCUAUUA